CCGGAUAAACAGGUGGCUCCACGACGGUCACCACGCUUCUCCUCCUCCCCAUAUCUCCAAAACAUAGUGCGGGAAAACAAGGAUUGCUUCCCAUUUUUAAAAUAUUUUAGGAUAAUGAAGAAAUAAAAAUUAAAAAAAAAGGAAUUUCGGAAUCUCUGGAUUUUGUUUGCCCGCCUUGAUGGCCGAGAAACAAAAAAAGAUGGGAUUUUUAAGCUCCACCCAGAAACAACUUGCCCUGUCGCCGAGUUCAGUCCAAACCCUUGUAAUCGCUUCUCUGAUCUCGACACGUGGUGAAGAUCAAAGGAUUUGAAGAUCAUCCCUCAUCUGAUUGGACAAAACGCAGAUGGGUUUUGGUGUGAAGAAACUGAAAAGAAAGGAGAGUUUCAGAGGGAGCUAUGAUGGUGGAAAACGAAGCUCAAACUCAAGCUGCAGCAGCCAUGGAUGAAACCAUUUCUGUGGAGCUUCCUGCCCCAGCUACCUGGAAGAAACUGUUCAUACCCAACAAGGCAGGUACACCAAGGAAGAGUCAAGUUGUAUUCAUUGCUCCAACUGGUGAAGAAUUUAGUAGCAGAAAACUGCUAGAGCAGUACUUAAAAUUGCAUUCUGAUGCUCCGGCGAUAUCCGAGUUCGAUUGGAGUACGGGUGAGGCACCUAGAAGAUCUGUAAGAAUUAGUGAGAAGGUCAAGGCGACUCCGCCGAAAGAGGAGCCUCCGAAGAAACGGAGUCGAAAAUCUUCUGGUUCUAAGAAAGACUAUAAGGAGGAAGCCAUUGCUUCUCCCAUAGUUCUUGAAGAAAUUGAAAUGAUUGAUGUAGAGGGGAAUGAGAAGGAUAAAGACGGUUCUGAUACUCGUCGAGCUGAAAAUGGAGAUAACCCGAAAGACGAAUUGAAGGAAAGUGAAAAAGGAGAUGCUAAUCCAGACAUAAGGAGUAAAGAUGAGAGGGGUAGUGAUGCUGGUGAAGGUGAAAAGCAAGAUCAAAAUGGAAGUUCAGAUGUAGUUGUGAACUCUGAAUUUGUCGGUAUCGACGAAACGAAUGAAAACGGUGGCGAAACGAACGGUCAAGAUGCGAUUCAAGUGGAAACUGAGGGAUUGGAAGAAGCUGAAAAGCAAGGAAAUGAAGUAGCAGAAAUAGUCACACCUACUGAAUACUCUGUUGCUGUUGCUAGUGAGGUUAACCAAUGCAUAAACGAAAACAAAAACGAAAACGAUCCUGGCAAUGUCGUCAGAGUCAUGGAGGGAGUUAAACAGAAUGAUCAGAACGAAACUGCAGCCACACCAGACAAUGUGACUAAGGGUAAUGAAGAUGUUUCAACAAAUGGUGCAAAAUGUAACGUUGAGGCUGAGGACCGAAGCGUUGAACACGAUAACUUGAUGAAAGAAAAUGGUAAGCUUUAACUAGGACGAUUGAUGGAUCGAUGCAGUGCAUAUCACAACUGUCUGCUGACUUUUUGGCGGUCUCGACGACUCGAUCUUUGUUUCUGCAAGUGUUUACGCUCUCCCACGGUGAUGGUAGCUUUAGUUUUCGUAUGUAUUUACCAAAAAGAGAACUUGUAGUUGUUAGAUUUAGAUAUUAGAAUCUGUAGCUUUGUUUUUUUGCUCACCAGACUUCUUUUGAAGACUGUAGAAUGUUAAUGUUAAUCGCCUUCUAAUUUAACAUGGGUGAGAGAUAUCUUU